AUGUCUAGCAUUGUGCUUUCCAAGACGGCCGUGCUGCUGUCCUCGAUUUUUGUUCUGCUUGCCUACUUUGUCGGACAACCAGCCAGCCAUACACUGACGGCGCUGGGCUUCUGGCGCCAGCCAUCGCGCUCGCUGCUGGCCGACGACCAGACAGACCUGAUCGUGAUCGCCGACACGGUCAACUGCGAGGACCUGCACUACCAUGCGGCCAGCCAAUCGCUCUUCACGGCCUGCGAGGACACGGUCGAGACGCGCUUCAGCUGGUUUCCACCGCUGGCCAUCUUUGACGACCCGAGCGUGCUCGAGACGACUCGAGGCUCUCUGCAUGUCAUUGAUCCGGAGACAGCCACGUCCAGACGUCUGGCCAUGCAUGGCUUCACCGGUCCCUUCUGCACGCAUGGCAUCGACAUCCUUGACGAUCCGGACCGCCCUGACGGCGAGGCCGUCUACAUCUACGCGAUCAACCACCUUCCCAACCCCGACUUCCCUUGGAAUGGCACGCCAGCCGAGAAGGAUGCAGCCUCGGCGGCAGUUCCCAAGGCGCGCUCGCGCAUCGAAGUCUUCCACCACGUCAUCGGCUCGUCGACAGCCACGCAUCUCCGGUCCGUCCAGCACCCGCUGAUCCGCACACCCAACGACAUCUUUGCCGCCAGCCCGCGCUCGUUUUACGUCACCAACGACCACUACUACUGCGACGGCCUCUUGCGCGCGGUAGAAACCGUCGUGGCUGCGGCCCGGUGGUCCGACAUUGUGCGCGUGGACAUGGACGAGUCUGCGGACGCGGCAGUCGACCCGACUCAAGGCAUCACGGUAUCUGCAGCGCUCGAAAGGCUGCACAAUCCCAAUGGCCUUGGCCACGGGCGCACGCCAGACGAGGUGCUGGUCAGCGACUGCAGCAGCGGCGUGCUCAACGUCUUUCGACUGUCACCUCCUCCGUCCAAGCUGCCCCUCGAGCUCGAAAGCUCUGUCCGUGCAGACUCGGUCAUCGACAAUCCCAGCUAUUUUGCUGACCCUUAUUCUUCCGCUGGCUCUGCCGGCUUGCCGCCCGACGAUCGCAGCGGCUAUGUCCUGCCUGGCAUCUCUCACGGGUUCAACCUCACCCAUACCAGCCACGAUCCAGCCGCCAGCGAGGGCGUCAUUGUCAUGUUCGCCCACCACGCGUCUCUGUCGUUGGACAACUCUGAGGCCAUCGAGGCCCCGCGGCUGCUGUUCCAGGAUGAUGGCAGCCGCAUCCGUUCAGCCAGCGCUGCCGUGCUGCUGGCCAUCGAUCCAAAACUCGAAGGUGGCCGGCGCAGGGCCUGGCUGUUCGUCACAGGGUUUCAGUCGGUGAGCGCCAUUGCCGUCAAGGUGGACUUGUAA